AUGGCGAAACAAGUAUUCGACAACAUGCCCAAGUGGGACUUGGUAUCUUACAAUGCCCUUAUUGCAGCAUAUGCUCAAAACGCUGAUAUUUCCUAUUGGGAUAUUCUCUACCAUGCCGUCACUUCGUUUACUUGUGAAUCUGGUUUCACAAUUAUCACAGCGUAUGCCCAGUAUGGACAUAUUGAAGAAUCUAAGAGCAUGUUUGAAAAUAUGCCAGAGAGGAAUCUGCUGGCAUGGAAUGCCAUGCUUGUAGCAUAUGCCCAGCUAGGAUACGCUGACAUGUCACGCCACCUUUUCCAGCAGAUCCCUCAACGGGAUGUCAUAUCUUGGAACUCCCUUCUCUUUGCGCAUGCCAGCACAGGGAACGUUCCAUGCACUGAAAAGAUGCUUGCUCGCCUUCCAGAAGAGAACCUCACGUCUUGGAAUGCCUGGAUAUUGUUCCAGAGGCAGCACUACUGCUGUAUCGUCGAUCUUCUGGCGAGGGGUGGCUACUUGGAGGACGCGGAGGACCUGAUCGCCAACAUGCCUUUUGUGCCCGAGCCCAGGGAGUGGCUAUGCCUCCUCGGAUCUUGCCGCUCGCACAGAGAUGUAGAUCGAGGAGCACACCGUCAGCGAAGCGCUGUGGAUUGA